CUUCAGUCCCAACAAAAGAAGCUCCUAAGCCAGUAGAGACUCGUAUACUACUCAUGAGCGCAAUGGGUGCCUUUGGUGCUGGCCUGAUGGGAGCUAUCUGGCACACAAAGCGAAAACAGGCUCGAGACAUUGCAAUUGAAGAAGCAGCUGAGAUCACUCAACCUCCUCGUACGCAGCAGGCUGGACCUGCCAUUCGCAAACCAAUGCCCCCUCGGCAUAUUGCUCAUGCUCCAGUUGCAGCCUACAAACCACCUACAAUGACAGCUGCUGAAUAUGCUAUUGCCAAGCAAGAUGCUGGUGUUUUUGCCUUCAAGACUCUGGCGUACGGUACUCUACUGGCAUGGGGAACUGCUGGUGUUCUGGCGCUUUCAGUAGGCUAUUUUCUCGAAGUUCGCAAUUUUAAAGAGUUUUCGGAUAAGUUGCAAAUCAUUGUGCCUCGCCAGACAUCUCGUCUGAGAAAGGCCUUGGGCGGCACUUCUUUUGAAAUGAGAGAAGAAGAGACACAAGAGCUUGAUGCAUUGGUCUUGGAAGAUUAAAAAAGACAUUAUUAUAUAC